AUGUCCCGAAAUUCUUCUGUGGCAGUUCUAGCAGACUGUACUGACCUAUAUAACAGUCAUGCUUCAUUGAUAGGUCUGAAUGGGCCAUCAUCAGUCUUGAGUAUUGAAAAUGAAACUAUACUCACAAACAACACAGACAUUUCUCCUAGUGAAGUAAUUGGCAGUGUGAGUUUCCAAGAAAGAGUCCGAUCUACAGAUUUAGCUGCACUUUUUCCCAGAGGUAGCCUCAAUCAAACAUUUAAGAAGAAAAAGAAGGAGAAGAAAAAAAAUAGUGAAAGUUUCCUAUCUACUUCACAAUCGUCAGAAAAUAUUUCAUCUUUGCAAAGCAAUACUAAUGUUACAUUGUCAGAUGAAAAUGUAUCAGCUUCUUUUGAAGAAUGUUCUGAAAACAAAGAGGAAGGAUCCUCUAAACCAUUUAACAAGCGUUUGUAUCUCAAGAAGAAAUCCGUCAAUAUUUCCUUUGAUUCUGGUUCCUUAAAUGAUUCUAUCCCCGAAAAGACCCUUAAGAGGAAUAGUCGGGCUGUCAAUGUUACUUUAGACCAACUACAUUUUAGAGGAAAAGAUGAAACAGAUGAAAGUGUAUCAGAUUCUUUUGAAGGAUCGAAAAAAUUUGGAAAUGAAAAAGAAUCCGCUAAAAUAUUUAAAAAACGUUAUAUUAGAAAGAAAUCUGUUGAUAUAUCUUUUAAUUCGAGUUCCUUAAACAAUUCUGUAGCUGAAAAGAGCAUUGAUGAUAGUCCAAUCAAUAAUGUUUCUUUGCAAUCUAAAAGGAAAAUUGCAUUGAGGAGUCAUAAGUUGAAAUCUGUUCUAAAUAUUGAUAACCUAAAAUCAGCUGAGUCUUCUGAAGAAAACAGUACGAGCAAAGAGACAAAAUCAAAUAAAAAAUGUAUUAACAUUUCUUACAGUCAACAAACAAAUGAAGAAAAUAAUGAAAGUGAACUAACAUCAACUGAAGGAAACAGUUCAGAAGAAAAUGCAUCCAAACAUGAUAAGGUGAAUGAUUCUUUGAAAGACAUUGAUGAUAAUUCAGAAAAAGUAUUUAACAAGAAAUUGUAUCUUAAAAAGAAGUCCAUUAAUAUCUCGUUUGAUACAAGUUCGGUAAGUGAUCCAGUCAUUGAAAACAAUCGAGUUAGUGACGUUUCUUUGGACCCCUUUACUUCCAAAAUUGCAAAUAUUACAGAAUCAACCAAAUUCCUUCCUGUUUCUUUCCAAGAUUCUCAACAAAUCGAAAUCAAGGAGGAACCUACAAAUGCAUUUAACAAGAAUUUGUAUCUUAAGAAGAAAUCUCUUCAUAUUUCUUUUGAUACAAGUUCCGUAGAUGGUACAAUCACUGAAAUAGUCAAGGAAAAUAAUCAAAUUGAUAACAUCUCUUUAGAACCAUCAUCUUCUAAAAUAACAAAUGUUACAGAAUCAGAAGAAAAUCUUUCUAAAGAGUUAAGAGAUCUCAAAAAUGGUAACGGAACAAUAAAUCACAUCACCAAUGAAAAGUUAAAUUCAACUAGUUUAGUAAUAUCUAACUCACCAGAAAUUCAUAAUAUUGAAGAAAAACAAAACUCUGAAACAAAAAAUGGUAACAUUUCAAAUAUUCUAAUUAGUGAUUCUUUGAAAGCAAUCGAAGAAGAAAAAAUUUGUUCUAUAGGAAAUUCUAAUAACAUUUCUUGCCAGAUAAACGAGGUAUCUAAGGAAAACCAGCCGAUUACACCUGAAGAAGAUAUUUUCAAUGAGAAUACCUCCAAAGGCAAUACAACCAUUGAUGACAAUUACUCUAAUCUAACAAAAAAUGAUGAACAUAUUCCAGAUGGAUCAAAUUCCCAUAUUAAUUCUGUCGAUAUUAAUCUAGAACCAAAUGAUAUAAUACUUUCAAAAAAUUUAGCAAAGAAAACGUCAAAAGAUGAAAAUACAGAGGUGAUAGAUUUCCGAAAUAGUAAUAAUGCUGUAAGUGGAAACAACGAAAGUAAAUCUUGUGAAAUUGAUAAUGUUGUAAUUACAGAUGCAGAAAAAAACAAAUCAAUAACAGAAAGUGAAAUAGAAACAAAUAUAUCAACUAAUGAUUCUUUGAAAACCAUCAACGAAGAGUUAGCUAAAGUAUUUAACAAAAAUUUUAAUCUUAAGAAGUCUAUUAAUAUAUCAUUAGAUUCACAUUCCUUAAAUGAUUCAACAGUCGAAAAGAGUAACACUACAGAUUUAGCUGAAUAUGCUUCUGCUACUUUGGAAGGAUCUCAAAAAAUCAAAAAUGAAGAGGAAUCCGCUAAAUUAUUCAAUAAGAAUUUGUAUCUUAAGAAGAAGUCUAUCAAUAUUUCAUUUGAUUCAAGUUCUAUAAACGGUUGUGAUACAGUCAGUGAAAAGGUUAUUGAGGGUAAUAAUGAGGUUACUGAUGGUUAUGUAAAUUCUUUAACAUCUAAAAUUACAAAUAUUACAGAAUCAACUGAAAAUGGUUCUGCUCCUUUUGAAGGAUCUCAGAAACUGGAAAUCGAGGAGCCAUCCACUAAAGUAUUUAACAAGAAUUUGUAUCUUAAGAAGAAGUCUAUCAAUAUUUCAUUUGAUUCAAGUUCUAUAAAUGAUAGUGAUACAUUCAGUGAGGCUAAUAAUAAAGAGGUUACUGACGGUUGUGUCAAUUCUUUAAUGUCUAAAAUUACAAAUAUAACAGAAUUAACUAAAGAUGCUUCUGCUCCUUUUGAAGGAUCUCAGAAACCGGAAAUCGAGGAGCCAUCCACUAAAGUAUUUAACAAGGAUUUGUAUCUUAAGAAGAAGUCGAUUAAUAUAUCAUUUGAUUCAAGUUCCAUCAAUGAUAUAAUUCCUGAAAAGGGGCUCGAUGAAAAUAAUCAGGUUGCUGAGAUUUCUUCUGAUCUCUUGUCUUUUAAAACUAUAAAUGAUAUAGAUUCUGUCAAAUGUAUUGCUGCUUCUUUGGAAGGCUCUGAAAAAAUGGAAACAGAGAAAGAAUCUGCCGUAGUAUUUAAUAAGAAUGAAUAUCUAAAGAAGAAGUCUAUUAAUAUUUCAUUUGAUACAAGUACCAUGAGUGAUCCAAUAAUCAUUGAAAAGAAUGGUCAAGUUGGUGACAUUUCUUUGAAUCCCUUAUCUUCAAAGAGUACAGAUUUAGCCGAACCUGUUUCUACUCUUUUUGAAGCAUCUCAGAUAAUGGAAACUAAGGCGGAAUCUGCCAUAAUAUUUAACAAGAAUUUGUAUCUUAAGAAAAAGUCUAUUAAUAUCUCGUUUGAUACAAGUUCCGUAACUGAUCCAAUCCCUGAAGAUAGGUGCGAGGGAAAUAGUCAGGAUGUUGACAUUUCUUCGGAUCCCUUGUCUUAUAAAAUUACAAAUGUUACAGAAUCAACCGAAGGUGUUUCUGCUUCUUUAGAAGGGUCGCGAAAGAUUGAAAGUGAUAAGGAAUCUGCUAAAGUAUUUAACAAGAAUUUGUAUCUCAAGAAGAAAUCCAUCAAUGUUUCAUUUGAUUCCAGUGAUUGUGAUCCAAUCAGGGAAAAAGGGAUUGAGGAAAAUAGUCGGGUUGCCGAAAUUUCUUCAGAUCCUUUGUCUUAUAAAAUUACAAGUGAUACUGAAGCGACUGAAGAUGUUCCUACCGCUAUGGAGGUAUCUCAAAAAAUGGAGAUCGAGGAUCCAUCCGCAAAAGUGUUUAACAAGAAUUUGUAUCUUAAGAAGAAGUCUAUCAAUAUUUCAUUUGAUUCAAGUAUGUCAAGUGAUUGUGAUCCAAUCAGGGAAAAAGGAGUCGAAGAAAAUAGUCUAGUUGCCGAAGUUUCUUCAGAUCCGUUGUCCUAUAAAAUUACAAGUGAUACUGAAUCGACCGAAAAUGUCCCUGCCUCUAUGGAGGUAUCUCAAAAAGUGGAAAUCGAUGAUCCAUCCACAAAAGUGUUUAACAAGAAAUUGUAUCUUAAGAAGAAGUCCAUUAAUAUUUCAUUUGAUUCAAGUUCCUUAAAUGAUCCGAUUCCUAAAAAGAACCUUGAGGAAAAUAGUGAAGUUUGUGACAUGUCUUUGAACCCUUUAUCUUCAAAAAUUACAAAUGUUACAGAAUCAGCAGAAUGUGGUUCUGCUUCUUUUGAAGAAGCUCAGGAAAUGGAAACUAAGGAAGAAUCUGCUAAAAUAUUUAAUAAAAACUUAUAUCUUAAGAAGAAGUCUAUUAAUAUUUCAUUUGAUACAAGCUCCAUAAAUGAACCAAUCAUUGAAAAGGGGCUUGAGGGAAAUAGUCAGGUUGCAGACUUUUCUUCAGAUCCCUCGUCUUUUAAAAUUACAAAUGUUACAGAGUCAGCCGAAGAUGUUAUUACUUCUUUGAAAGGAUCUCAAAAAAUGGAAGCUGCUGAGGAAUCUGCUAAAAUUUUUAAUAAGAAUUUGUAUCUUAAGAAACAGUCUAUCAAUAUUUCGUUUGAACCAAGUUCCAUAAUUGAUAGUGAACCAGUCAGUGGAAAGGAGCUUAAGGGAAAUAGUGAGGUUUCUGAUGAUUGUUUUUGUUCUGUUAAGUCUAAAAUUAUAAAUGAUACAGAAUCAACUGAAAAUGCUUCUGCUCCUUUUGAAGGAUCUCAAAAACUGGAAAUCGAGGAGCCCUCCACUGAAGCAUUUAACAAGAAUUUGUAUCUUAAGAAGAAGUCUAUUAAUAUGUCAUUUGAUUUAAGUUCCAUAAAUAGUGUAAUCUCUGAAAAGAGGCUCGAGAGAAAUAAUCAGAUUGCUAACGUUUCUUCUGAUCCCUUGUCUUAUAAAAUUAUAAAUGAGGCAGAAUCAACCGAACGUAUUUCUGGUUCUUUGAAAGGAUCUCGGGAACUGGAAAUAGAAGAGGAAAGAAAAAACAUGGUUUCUAGUGUUUCUCAAGACUUAAAGGUUCUCCAGAAUACCAGUCAUAAUACAAAUCACCUAUCUAACGAUAAUGGAAAUGCAAGCUAUAUCGCUAUAAUUGCUAAUCCUUCUAAAAUUAAUAAUGUGACAAUUAUUGAUGAAGGAACUGAAAAUUCGUCAACGGAAAAUGACACAUAUACAAAGAAAGCAUUUAAACAAGAUUUUUCUGAGGGAAAUUCUAGUAGCAGAAAAGCGGAAUCAAUUCCUGGUUCUAAUAACAUUUCUUAUAGUCAGAUAAAUGAGGUUCCUAAGGAAAGUCCCUUAAAGUCACCUGAAGGAAAUAGUUGUUCCCAUGUGAUUACCUCCAAAGGCAAUAACACUAUUGAAGACAAUCAUUCUACUAUGGCUGACAACAGUGAACAUCUUCCAGUUCGUGAGUCAAGUUUCAAUUCUGUCAGUAAUAAUCCAGAACUGAAUGAUGUAAGUCUUUCAAAAGAUGAAAACAUAGAGGUAAUAGAUAUCCAAAAUAGCAGUGGUGCUGUUAAUGCAAACAGUAUAAGUAAAUAUUCUGAAAUGGUUAAUGUUGCAAUUAUAGAUGAAGAAAAAAACAAAGCAAUAUUUGAAAAUGUUAUGCAUUCAAAGAUUGCAACUAAUGAUUCUUUGAAUAUAAUGAACUUAAAAGACGUUGAACAAGAUUGUUCUGAAGGCAUAAAGGGAAAAUCAUUUCCUAAUUCUAUUAUUACUUGUAGUGAAAUAAAUGAAGAAGCCAAUACAAUAAUUAGUGAGAAUCAUUCUAGAAUAACCAACAAUAAUGUGCUUCUUCCACAUCAUGAAUCGUCUUCUGGUUUGAAUUCUGUCGAUAGAGAUCUAGAACCGGAUGAUAAAAUCAUAUCACAAAAUCAAGUAAAAAAUAAUUCAAAAGAUGAAAAUACAGAAGAAAUAUAUCUUCAGAAUAGUAAUGAUGUAGUAAAUGGAAACGAUAUUAACAAAUCUUCUGAAAUUAAUAGUGUUACCGUUUUUAAUGAAAAAAAUAAAUCGACGACCGAAAGUGAAACGCAUAAACAAAUUUUAAUUGACAGUUCUUCUAAUGUAAUAACGGAGAGAGCCAUUGUAAAAGAUUGUGAAGAAAAUUUGAAAUCAAUUUCUACUUCUACUGAGAUUCCUUGCAGUCAGAUUGACGAAGAGUCAAAUGAACUUAAGCUCUAUUUAGCUGAAGAAAACUCAAUCGAGGAGGUUGCUUCCCAAGACUCGCAGCCCAAUACAGAGAAACAUUCAAGUGUAAUGGAAAAUAUAGAACAAUGUUCAGGUCAUGUCUUGAUUUCUCCUCUUGUUCCUGAAGGUAAUGAUCAAGAGUUGGACAAUGAAGCAGUUCUGUCAAAAUCUCUUAAAUCUGGAAGUUCUAGUCCAAAAAUUAAAAAUAACAUAAAUUCUAUUAUGAAAAAGCAAAACGUGAUAGACGCAAAUAAUCUUUCUAAGAGUAACAGUUCUGCCAUUUUUGAUAAAGAAAAUAAUACAUCAGAAACAGCAAGUGAUAUACAAACAAACAUUUUAACUAAUGAUUUGUUGAAAGCAAAAGAUGUCGAGGAAGAUUGUUCUGCAGGAAAGAAUGAUGAAGAAAAUAAGGAAGGUCAGCCAAUUUCUCUAGAAGAAAACUGUUUAAACGAGAACACCUCUAAAGACAAUAAGAAAAUUAAUUCUGAAGGUAGUGAUCAAGGACAGGUUGAAGAAACAGUUGGUUCGAAAUCAUUCAAAUCAAAAAAGUAUUCAAGUACAGCAUUGAAUAGAAAUUCUAUUAAGAAAAGCCAAAGAGAAGAGUUGAUAGACAUUCAAAACAACAGUGAGAAUGUAAAUGAACAUUUUCGUGUUAGUACGAGAAGAUAUAGUAAAAGGAGAUCUUCUAAAAUUGAUAAGGCUGUUGUUGAAGAUGAAAAAAAUAUAUCAGCUACCAAUGACCCCUCUAAAGUAGUAAGUAAGAGGUCCAUUGUACAAGAUAAUUCGGAAGAAAAUCAUUCCAGUUCCAAAAGAGUAAAAUCAAUUUCCACUUCUAUCAACAUUGCUUGUCAGAAUAAAGAAUCCAUUGAGAGUCCUCCAAAGUUAGCUGACUCUUCCAAAGCCAUUAAGGUAGUUGAAGACAAUAAUAGUAUAACUGACAAUAUUGGACAUCGCACAGAUCAUAUGUCAAAAAGAAAUCUCGAUAUGCGUAUGUCAGUUGGUUUGAGUGUUAUUUGUAAGGAUAACGAGAGGAUGCCUGAAACACGUACUGUCAAAAACAUAUGUCAUAGUACACCUCUUGUCAAGUAUCAAAAGAAUAAAAUUACUAGCAAAAAACCUUCUCUUCCAGAAGAAGUGAAGACUGAUUCAAAAAAAGUUUUUGCAUGUCCUGAUGUACCAGCUCGUAAUCUAAGGGAGAGAAGUAUCAAUAACAAAUCUUUGAAUAUUUCAAAGAGGAGUAGAAAAAAUGAUAAAAACUGUUCUGAUAAUUUAGAAAAUUCUGCCAAGAAAAAUAAAAGUUCGACAUCAGGGAAUGGAACUGAAGAUUUUAUUGAGGAUAUCAGUAUCAUUCCUAAUCCUAAACCUUUUUCUCACAGUAGGGUGAUGUAUCACAGUACCCCCAUCAGUAAGGCAUUCGGUAAGAAGAACAAAAGCAAAUUAAAAGGCGCCAGCAAUGUAAUAAUAGAAGAUAAAAACAUUCAGCAAGAUGAUAAAAUGAUACAGGUUUCUAAAUCGAUUUUUGGGUCUACUACAGAAGAAACCAAUGGAACUGUAUCUAAAAAGAAAUCGAUAGAAUUUUCUAAUAAUUGUAGUUCACGUAAUGAAAAAAGUGAGAACAGAACAAAAAGAAAAAGUGAUCUACUUCAUACCGAAAUAAAAAAGUUACCAAGAAUGGAGUCAAUCAGUGAAAGCAGGUCUUACCAUUCAAAUUUCAUAUCCACUUUCGAAGAUGACGUCAGUUACUGCACUACUAGAAAAUCCAUGAAAAGGGUGGCAUUCAAAAGUCUUUCUUCACUUGAAAGUUCUACCUCUGGUUAUGGGAAUAGUUCUGAUGACUAUGCUCCUAUAAAUAGGAAAUCUGUCGGAUUCAGAGAUGCUAUUUCACUCAUAGAAGAUACCAUCGGUAAUAGUUCUGAAGGAGAUAUACGUGAUGCUAUUAAUAGCAAUUCGAGCAUUGUCAAUCCAAAUUCGAUCGGAAUACAUGAUACCCCUGUCAAUGAACCUCCGGUCAACGAAUCAAAAAAUAGGAUAGACAGAAAUGAGCUUUCUCUUAAUUAUAGUGCUGAAGUUCCUGAAAUAAUUUUGACUGAAAAUGAAAUAGAAUGUAAUGAAAUGUCAAAAGAGUGUUCUCUGUUUAAUAAGUUAAUCAAAAUGGCAGAGAAGAAAAAAUCAGGUGGAAAUAUGACUACAAGACAAAGUAAAACAUCUAAAGGUAGGAAAAAGUCUGGAAGUUCAAAAUCAGUUGCAAGUCUUGCAAAGUCAGAUAUACCACAUCUUGAAAAGUGGGUUUCACCAAACCUUAUUAAGUUUUUGAACGGCAAAUUAAUGACAGAUGCCCUCGAUCAUGUAAUAAAUACUGAUCGAAUAGUUUCUAUCCUUUGUUCUGCAGUCAGCGCUGUUAGAAACUUACAAGAUGUUAACGAUAUAGAUUUUGCACUAUUGCCACUAAAAAAUAUCCUGUUGAAGUUUAGAGUUUGUUGCAACAUGAUAGAAUAUUGCACGUUUAUUUCCAGAUUCACUCCUUUCGAAUUUCAACGCAAGGCGUUGCCUUUAGAGGGUUAUUUCGGCAGUUGCAAAAGAGGUAUUAAAAAGAAAUUAACAGAUCCAAUAUUGACAGAAACUGAGAAAAUGAAUGUAUUUUUGAAUUGAAAUAUUUUUAAGUUGUAUAUUGUAUAUUAUUUUAAUUGUAAGACAUAUAUGUAAAUUGUUCUUGAUACCAUCUAUAUUUUUUAUAUUGUUCAUAGUUGUAAAAAAGAAAAAUACUUUUUAGUUUAUAAGUGUAAUAAUUUUGUGUCAUAAUUUAUUUAUUUUUUAUUGUAGGAACAUUAUCAGAAAUUUGUAUAUUAAUGAUUGUAUUAUAACUACUAAAUAUAUAAAAGGCUGUGUUGUAUACAUUUUAAUGGUUUAUUAUUAUUUAUAUUGAAUGUUUUAUAAGAAUUUAUUUUAUAUUAAUGUUAUUAAAAACUUAAAUUUAUAUUGUUUUUUCUUUUUCCAUUACUUAGUUUGUCACUAAAACUAGCUUAAAUUUAAAUAAGGUUGACGGCAAUUAUCUUGGUUCAUAACACUGCAUUCUGUUUAUCAAUUAAUUUGAACAUAAAACCUUUAAAGUCUCGUCAAUGAAUUGCAAAAAAGGGCUUGUUAAGUGCAUGGAGGAUGGACAAGCAAUUAACUUAGGGAGGGGUGGUACACAUAAUAAAAGUCUCUAUCCCUUCCGCUUAAUGGUGAUGGUGGGGAAGGGGCGCUGUAAAAAUGAUAUGCAACAUAUCACUAGAAGAAGAAAUUAAUUUAAAACUUCAUUCAUGUUUUAAACCAUGUUAAAAAUUAGAAUAAGCUUUAUCUUUGUUAAUAAUAGACUGAUUGUUUUUUGUUAAAGUGUAUACUACUUGCCUUAUUUGUAAUAAUUUAUGACUUCAGAAUUUUACUCUAAAACAUUGGAUACUUUAACUGUUGAAAAGCUGAAUUGUUGAUUUUUAAAAUAUCAAUAACUUUUCUUGUCUAGUUAAAAUCCUGUAAAUAUUCGUCUGGAUAAUUCUAUUUUAGACUUUAUCUAGGUGUGAAAUACAAAUCUGAACUAUCAUCAAUCUAGGAAUCGGAGCCCAAAGGUAAACCUCGCCCCAAAAGAAGCUGGUCUACGAAAUUUGUAAUUUAAUACUUCUAUUAAUUAAUUUAUUUGAUGUAUGUAGUUUGAGUAAAUGACAUUUUCGUCUGUUGUACAAUGACUUUCUUUUUUGGUUUUCAAUUUAUUGAAAUUAACCUACGUUAGGAUCGCCAGGCUUAAUAAUAAUCUUUUUAUCAUAUCGAAGUGGUACAAUU